GAACCUUGCCAGACGGAAGGAGAGAGAGAGAGGAGGGAGAGCGAGAGCGCGCGCGCGAGAGAGAGAGAGAGAGAGAGAGAGUUUGGCAGCGGAAGGAAGGAGGACGGCGGAGAAGGGGGAGGAGAGGGCGCGGCCAUGGUGAAGGAGAGAUUGACCCUGACGCUGGAGAGGUACCACCGCUUCUUCGUCGACCCCUACGCCACCCGCCUCACCACCGUCCACCUCAACAACAUCAUCUACAUGCAUGGUUUCGCCAGGCUCCACGGCAAGAAGUCCCAGAUCAUGGGCCACAUGGUGGGGCAGGUCGACCUGCAGCCGCCGCGCCGCUCUACGCUGCACGGUGGCGCCGCGCUCGUGCCGCCCUCCGCCGCGCGCAUCGCCGCCGCACAGGCCGCGGCCGACGUCGACGCCAUCGGCUGGGCGGAGUGCCCCAUCGGCUGCGUCACCGCCUUCUCCGCCUUCGCUGACCCGCCGGACCCGGUGGAGCCCAUGCCCCCGCCCGCCCACCACAUGCUCGCGCUGGCGGUGCCCCUGCGCCGCCCGCGCUCCAAAAGGACGCGCACCUCCCCCUACCAGCGCCCUGCCGCGUCCAACACGGCCAAGGUGAAGGAGGAGGUGGUCAUGGAAGAGGAGGGUGAGGAUAUGUCGUUGGUGACGCCGUCGCCGCCGCGAUGGAUGCGCUCCCCUACCCCGCCACCUCCGCCCCCGUCGCCCACGCCACGGUCGCAGACCGUGGUGCCUCCGCCACUAUGGAUGCGCUCCCCUACUCCGCCACCUCCGCCCCCCUCGCCCACGCCGCGGCCGCAGACCGUGGUGCCUCCGCCUUCGCCGCCGUGCAGGGGCCAGCCUGAGUUGGAGCCGACCCUCUCCCGACCACCUGGCUUCGGCUCGCCGCCGGAACCAUGCAGGAGCGGGCCUACGCUGGAGCCGAUCCUCCCCACACCACCACCACCAGGCUUCGGCCCGCCGCCGCAACCAUGCAGGAGCGGGCCUACGCCGGAGCCGAUCCUCCCCACACCACCACCACCAGGCUUCGGCCCGCCGCCGCAACCAUGCUGGAGGCGGCCUACGUUGGCGCCGCCUCCUACCCUGCCACCAGGCUUCGGUUCGCGCCAGGUGGCGCCGCCUCCUCCGCAGCUGUCCUGGGGCUUGCCGAUGCCACCGCCGUCGGGCCCAGGAGCGCCUACGUUCACGCAGCAUCUUCAGCCUGCAGGUCCGGCACCACUCUGGCGCUCGCCGAUGUCGCCGUCUUAUCUGGCACCGUGCUGGGGCGCGCCGGCGCAAGCGCCCUGGCGCUGGCCACACCCCCCGCCGCGCUGGGCACCACCUCAUAUGCUGCGCCCGCCGCCGCCACCCUGGGACUGCAUGAGGCCGUUUGCACCUCCCAUGCCGCCGCAACAUCCGCCGCAUUUUGAGAUGCAGCAUACGCCACCGGCACCGGGGGCGUGCUCGGGCAGGCAGGUGAUUUACUUCUAGGGACUGCUCUCGUACCGCAUUUGCUGUUAUUGCUAGCUUGUCAGUUUUUGCUUUGACGGUAGCUAAGCUUUCGAGAGAGUUACUACACGGUGACGGGAAAAUUAGGGACAAGGUUAUCAAUUUACUGUUGGAGUUGCGAACUGUUUUUGCUCUGCUCCACCUUGCUGCUGCUAGUCUUGCCAUGCCAUUCUUGUGCCCAGAACCAUCAUCAGUGGGAUAUUGGAAUGAUUCAUGCAUGUCUCAUGAUUACUUAUGUACA